GCUGCGCACGGUACAAAAUGUUGCCGCGCAGUAACUGGAAUGCCGCGCACGGGCGCCGGCGUCGGACGCUUGCUGCUUGGCUGCGCGGAGGCUGCUCCGCUCCACCCUGCUCCUCACCGGCAUUCCCGCGGGGAGGGAGAGCGCAGCCCGCAGCCCGCGAGGGGCUGGGUCGCUGAUCGUCAGCGCCCCCGUCCCUUCCUGCGCCAUGCCUGCAGCGCGGAGCAGGCAGCGGCUCCUCUCCGAGGCGAGGCAAGGCAGGGGCGGAGACCAAGCCGGGCACCAGGUUACUGCUCCGCUCCGCAGCCCCUUGAGGCAGGCUUCACCCUAAUCUUAGCUUUCAUCCCCGUGCCGCAAGCCCCACAGCGCCCGCAUCAAAGCCCGGCAGCCCCGCGGGUCUUCCGCGCUCGCCUGCUCCCCGCCUCCCUGCAGCCGUUGAAGGCGAUGCCCUGUGCCUCGCUGCCUGACCUGCCCAGCGGCCGGGCGCUCACACCGCGUCCGAAGGCGCAGCCUGCAUGUGGGUCCAAGAGACAAAGGGCCGAGCACCAGAUGGAGAAGCACCCCGGGAGGUGCCCUCCACAGCCGAAUGGCAGAAGGUUCCCUCCAGAGCCAGGGCUGCUCACGGUGGCGCAGUAUCAGCUCCCCCAGUCCAGCUGGGGAACAGGUAUGAGGCCCUGGCAACACUGGAGGAGGAAGAAGUGGGGAAGAAACGCUGGGAGAGGAGGCCACUCCAUGCACAGCACAGACUGGAGGAGGCCAGAACACCCAGAGGAAGAAGAGAUGCUGGGUGCUUGUUGUGGUGGGAGAAACCUCCCUAAGUUUUAGUAGCGAUGGCUAAGAUUUCUGGCAUGGAUUUACCCUCAACACCCUCAGUGUUAUGUUGAAGCUUCUUUCUAAUAUCUUCGCUAGCCUGACUUAUGAACACAAGUCUUAACACAGGUAAAGUGGCAGGGGUCUCGGGGGCCAUGUUUUUAUACUGGCGUAUAGCUUUACAGAGUCUUUCAAAGUAGUCUGAAGGGUGUUCUUCGGGACCCUGAACAGUAGCUGUCACUUUGGACCAGUUUGUAGUUUUAUCUCCUGCUUUCUUUAAUCCUUCUGAAAUGCUGUCUUUCAGCAUUCGUAUUGAAUUUUGCCCCCUUUCCUGAUUGUAAUUCCAAUUCGGGUUUUGUCUGGGAACGCCAUUAGGCAUGGGGUGGUUUUCAUGGGGCUGGUCGGCUAGAAAUUGGUCAGCAUGGCGUAGUACUUGAGUCUUCUCGUUCGAAGUUAAGAGGCUUUUGAGAAGCUGCAUGACAUCUGACCAGGAGGGGUUAUGAGUCAUGAAAAUGGUUUUGAAGCGUCUUAGAACUACUUUAGGAUCAUCUCUGAGCCUGGGGGUGUUUUCUUGCCAGUUUAAGAGGUCGGUGGUGGAGAACGGAGCGUGUGUCCAGUGACUGAUAACUUCUCCACCCUCACCAGGCACAGGGUAUUCUCUUAGAGGUAACCGAAGUGCAGGCUUAGACAAUUUUUGACGAGUGCGAUUUGAAAUCGGAGUGGAACUGGAAUCUGGAGA